AUGGGCAAAUCAUCGAAAGACAAGAGAGACAUAUACUACAGAAAAGCGAAAGAGGAAGGAUGGAGAGCGCGGUCGGCAUUUAAGUUGAUACAAAUAGACGAGAGUUUUCACCUGUUUAAAGAGAACGUGAAAAACGUGGUGGACUUGUGCGCCGCGCCUGGGAGCUGGUCGCAAGUGUUGAGCAGGAAAUUGUAUUUACCCACGCUGAACGAAAGAGAAAAGAGAGAAGAAGAUGUGAAUACGACCAAUAAGCCGCCGAAAAUCGUUGCGGUUGAUUUACAACCCAUGGCGCCCAUCGAAGGUGUCGUCUGCAUUCAAGGGGACAUUACCAACGUCGAUUGCAUGAGACAAAUAAUAUCUGAAUUUGAAGGCGAGAAAGCAGAUUUAAUCGUCGGCGAUGGCGCGCCAGACGUGACUGGAUUGCACGAUUUAGACGAGUUCAUGCAAGCGCAGUUAAUUUUAGCCGGUUUGAAAGUGUGCGCGCACGUGUUAAAGGAAGGAGGGACGUACGUGGCGAAAAUAUUCCGCGGGAAAGAUAUCGGGUUGCUGUAUAACCAGUUGAAGUGCUUCUUUCCGAAGGUGACGUGCGCGAAACCGAAAUCGAGUCGGAAUUCAAGCAUAGAAGCGUUCGUGGUGUGCGAGAACUAUUCGCCUCCGAAAAAUUUCCAACCGAACGAUUUAAGAGACGUUUUAGAAAAGAAGUUUAGAUGGGGGCUCACACAAGACGGCAAAGAGAGAUUACCGGACGAUUUCGAACGAACAAUAGCGGUUCCGUUCGUCGCCUGCGGAGAUUUGAGCGGUUACGAUGCCGACCAAUCGUAUUCGCUCAACGAAGAAUCGAAGGACGGCAGAUACGAGUUUAGCGAGCCCGUCAUGCCUCCAAUAGCCCCGCCGUAUCGCGAAGCUAUGAUGAAGAAUUAG